GGGUGGGCAACGUGGUCGCGGGCACUUCGACACCGCCAUCUCCCCCGCCUUUCUCCUCGACUGCCACUUCAAUCCGUCAAACGUUCCAUCAAACGUCCCAUCAAACGUCAAACGUCGCUUCAAACGUCGCUUCAAACGUCCCGUCCUACACCGUCAUCUAUAGACAACAUGGCUCCGAUAGUCGCACCUCCUGUGAUUGUCCUUUCAGGCCCCUCCGGCACCGGCAAAUCGACUCUGUUGAAGCGACUUUUUGCACAACAUCCAGAAUCAUUCGGUUUCUCGGUUUCUCACACGACGCGUAGUCCCAGGGCUGGCGAGACGGACGGUGUCGAAUAUCACUUCACUACUCCCGAAGGGUUCGAAGAAUUGAUCAACAAGGACGCGUUCAUUGAGCAUGCGACCUUCGCUGGCCGCAGCUACGGAACCUCCUUCGCGGCAGUGAGAGAUGUCACUUCCAAGGGCCGCGCUUGCAUCCUGGACAUCGAGAUGGAGGGCGUCAAACAAGUCAAGAAGUCCGACCUCAAUGCCAAGUUCAUUUUUGUGAAGCCUCCUUCGGUUGAGGAGCUCGAGAAGCGUCUGAGAGGACGGGGCACGGAGUCCGAGGAUGCUGUGCAGAAGAGGUUGGAUCAGGCCAUCAAGGAGCUGGAGUUUGCGGAGCAGCCCGGUAUUCAUGAUAAGGUAAUAGUCAACGACAAUUUCGAGAGGGCGUAUGUCGAGCUGGACCAGUAUAUCAUGUCGCUUUUGGAGUAGGGUUAGCGAUUUUGGGACAUUUAGAAAGUUCUUCAAUGCAUACGAUAUCCCAA